AAAGCAACAGUCCAUCGUCGGUUCGGUUAAAUGUGUGCGUGAACGUUAUGGCGCUGCAAGCGUUGAAAAGCCUGAAAGAUGUCAUUUUGAAAGAUUUCCCUGCCGCACUGCAAAUCCUUGAGAAUGUCGCUAUCGCAGCAGUUCUGUAUGGAUUUGAAUACAUGGGGCAGAGAAUCAGCCCUUGUCCCUGUGACCCGGAAUGGAACGCUACCUACUCCUUGCUUGCCUUUGCUGUCCCCGCAGUUAUCUUCUUAUUGAUCAGCCUGGUCGUGUUUCCGGAUUCAAGGAGAGCGCUGAAGUGUGGGCCCCGCUGCACCCCUCGCCGCGCUGAGACCGGCAGGUACUAUCAGACCGGGAGUUACUAUGAGACCUGCUGCACCUGGAGUGAAUGCUGUUUUGUAAUAGUUACGUUCCUGAAAAUAGUGGUCCCGUCUAUCAUAUGGAUCAUCAUUUUGUUGUUGGACGGGGAUUACUACACCUGCUAUAAAGACCAGAAGACGGAGAGUCACAUGUGCAAACAUUUUUGCAGCCUUAAAAAUUCGACUGACCUGCGCCACCAUUGCUUCAGGUCUCGGAUGAUUGGUACCAUUUUGCUACUGAUGACCGUGAUAUUGCUGGUACUUCUUUACUUCCUUCCUGCGUGGAAGUGUUGCGAUUGCACUGUGGAGAAAUAUUACGAGCAAGAGUACUGGAAAAUGGUGGAGUACGUGAAACUGACCAAGAUGAGGAUGGAGCUGGAAGAGAAGGCAACAGAGUUGGCAGAGGUAGAGGUGAAAGAGUUCAUUGGCAAACUGAACCUCGGCAAUGCUGAGCCGAAGAAACAGCAGUCCAGCUCCUCAGUGGAUAACAAAGAUGAUGUAGCUAACCUCGAACCUACUCAAGUGAAGGCUCCAUUCAAACAAUCACCAUUCCGAAUGACGUCUGUUUAAGCUUUAUUCCAUCAGCCAUUGACACGGCAGUGGUUCUCCACAACUCAGCAAGACAGAUUGUACCUCUUCAACACUACCUGUUCAAAAGAUCUGCCUGAACAAAACAAUCACAAUCCAGUAAAUCAAAACUCAAAAGAUAGACCUCAAAAGAAGGAACACAUCAGCCUUUAAACGCUAAAAGCCACGAGCCAAAGCACAAAGUUCCAUAAUAUCAAAUUACAGUGGUAUGAGAGAGGAGUUGGUCAAAGUGAAUUGUAAGCAGAUACUGGCAGGGAUGAAAGCAGAGCAGCAAAUGCGCGAGUCUCUGGGAAAAAUUAGGAAGGUGCAGAAUAGAUAUAUUACAAAAACGAAGAAACACUCAAAUGGCAAAUCACUACAACCGUGGCUGAUAAGGGAAGUCAAAUCUAAUGUAAAACGUAAAGGAGAGGACAUACAACAAAGCAAAAAUGAGUGGGAAGAUAGAGAACUGGGAAACAUUUAAAACCUUACAGAGAACAACUAAAAGAAUAAUUUGGAGGGAAAAGCUGAAGCAUAAAAGCAAGUAGCAACCAAAAUCAAAAUGAAUAGUAGAAACUUUUUCAAGAAUGCGAUAAGUAAAAUGGAGAGAAGAGUAGACAUGGGACCGCUAGAUAUUGAGGCAGGAGAAAUAAUAACGGAGGACAAGGAAAUAACAAAUUAAGUAAAUGAGUAUUUUGCAUCAGACGUCAUUGUGGAUGACACAAUAAAGUGCGCCAGAUGUUAAAAGGUGUGAGGGAAGUGAAGUGAUUGCAGUUACUAUUACAAGGGAGAAAGUAAUCAAAAGUCUGAAAGACUUGAGGGUACACAAGACACCCAGACCAGAUGAACUGCACCCUAGAGUUCUGAAAUGCGAAGCGGUAGAGAUUGAGGAGGUAUUAGUUAUGAUCUUUCAAAAAUCACUGCACUCUGGCAUGGUGCCAGAGGACUGGAAAAUUGCAAAUGUUACCCCAUUCGUUUAAAAAAAGAAUGAAGGCACCAGAAAAGAAAUUAUAGACCAGUUAGUCUGACUUCAGCUGUUGGGAAGAUGUUGGAGUCAAUUGUGAAGGAUCAGGUUAUGGAGUACUCGAUGAAACAAGACAAGAUAGGACAAAGUCAGAGAGAUUUCCUUAAGGGAAAAUCGUACCUGACGAAACUUUUGGUAUUCUUCGAGGAGAUUAUGAGUAGAAAAGUUAAAGGGUAUGCAAUAAAUGCUCUAUAUCUGAACUUUCUGAAGGCCUUAGACAAGGUUGCACACUAAAUGGAUAAAUUCACUCACCACAACACUGAACAGAAUCCACAACCAAUGGGCUCACUUUCAAGAGUCAACAGCUUUUCUUCUGAUGUUGUUAUUAUUAUUUUCGAUUUUUUUUAUUCCUAAUUUCAUAUUCCUCAAUUGCUAGAACCUUUCAAACUAUUCUAGUGGUGUUCGGAAUUGUGGUUUUAGGAGAUACAGUAUACAUAGAUAUUGCUGCGCAGCUCUAAUUGUUUAAUGCUAUAGUGUAGUGAAUUUGUGAUGAUAUCAGUUGUAGGUAUUACUACUGGAACAAUGUCAACGUUUUUUAUUUUUUUAUUAUUUAUUAUUUUUUUCUCAGCUCAAGCUAGUAAAACCUAAGGUAAUGACAUAGCCAAGCACAUUUGUCAAUUGCCCGGAACUUCUGGACUGUUCAUAUGGCGUUUAGUAUUGUUGGUUUCCGGAGUUUUAACAAGAUAUUGGUGUGUAUCUCUAACUGGUUAAUGAUAUUGUGUCGUGACCUAGGGAUGUAUGUCGUGUACAUUACUAUUUUAACAAUGUAUACCCUGUACAUGUUCCAUAGUCUCUCAAAUUCCUCAUUUAAUUCAACAUACUUCUGGUGUUUCUUAAUUUCUGAUUUUUGAAACUUAUGUCUGCUUGGAAUGGCUAUAUCUAUUAGUAUUUUGGUCUUCCUUGUUUAUCCUGUAUGACUAUAUUUGGAUUUCUAUUCAACAGUGUCCUACUUGUAUUAACGGAUCGGUCGCAAUAUAAUUUGUGGGAUUCUGAAUAAAACUAGAUCAAGUUUGUAUUUAUAGUAAGGUAUGGUUUCAUUAAUGUGCUUGUAUUUUAAAGCAAGAUUUUGAAGAAUUAUGUUAACCAAUUGAUUAUGCCUGUGUAAAUAAUGGUUUGAGUUAAACUGCUGCAGGAUCAUAUAAUGUGUUGGAUUUUUUCCCGCUUUCUCUUGGUAUUCUCUGCAUUUGUUAUCUUCAAUUUGCCCCUCAUUUAUUACGCAUUUUUAUAUCCUUGCUUAAGCACCUGGUCCUGCAUUUCCACAGGGAACCAUUCUGUUUCAGUGAAGAGGUCUCCAACUCGAAUCCCAGGCGUUCGACACUUCCUUUAGAACAUCUAGUCUACUCUGAUCGUGGGGGUCAUUACAAUGGAGAAUCAUACUAUUCUACCGGUUAACAAUAGACAGAAAGAAAAUUGCUUCCUGUAUACUUGUGUGUGUACCUUACGGAUUUUGGGUCGAAAUCACUAAGAAUUUUCCUGUCAUGCACCUUUUCUUGAAUUUCCCAGUA